AUGGAUCUGCUCCCGCCGCCGACUGACGCGCCGGACCCCGGCGGCCCCGGCACCGGGGGGUCGGGCUGGGGGCUGCGCCGCGGGGUCGGGUUCCGGUCGCUGAAGCUGGUCAGCGUUGCCAUGGACGAGACCCUGCCCGUCGACCCCGUCGGCGCCACCUACGGCCGCCUCGCCAACGGCCUCACCUACUACGUCCGCUCCAACCCAAAGCCACGCAUGCGCGCCGCGCUCUCGCUCGCCGUCAAGGUCGGGUCGGUGGUGGAGGAGGAGGACGAGCGCGGUGUGGCGCACAUCGUCGAGCACCUCGCCUUCAGUGCCACCUCGCGAUAUACCAACCACGACAUCGUCAAGUUCCUCGAGAGCAUCGGGUCCGAGUUUGGUGCCUGCCAGAACGCGCUCACCUCAUCGGAUGAGACCAUCUACGAGCUGCUCGUACCCGUCGACAAGCCAGGCCUGCUCUCCCAGGCUAUAUCUGUCCUCGCUGAGUUCAGCUCAGAGGUUCGGGUGUCAGCAGAGGAUCUGGAGAAAGAGAGGGGUGCUGUGCUGGAGGAAUACAGGGGUGGGCGCAAUGCAGCAGGACGGAUGCAGGACUCCCACUGGGCACUGUUGUUUGAAGGUUCUAAGUAUGCAGAACGCCUGCCGAUUGGUACUGAGAAGGUGAUACGAACUGUUACACAUGAGACUGUGAAGCGGUUUUAUCAGAAAUGGUACCAUCUAAGCAAUAUGGCGGUAUUUGCAGUGGGUGAUUUCCCAGAUACACAGGCUGUUGUGGAGUUGAUAAAGGAGCAUUUUGGGCACAAAGCCCCAGCUCCCCACCCUCCUCCAGUUAUACCAGAAUUUCCAGUUCCAUCGCAUGAGGAACCUCGCUUUUCAUGUUUUGUGGAAUCUGAAGCCGCAGGGUCGGCUGUUGUUAUCAGCUGCAAGAUGCCUGCUGGUGGAAUUAAAACAGUAAAGGACUACAAGGAUUCACUGGCAGAGUCCAUGUUUCAUUGUGCGCUAAACCAGAGGCUCUUCAAAAUAUCUCGUAGAAAGGAUCCUCCUUACUUCUCUUGCUCCUCAGCUGCAGAUGCUCUCGUCUGUCCAGUUAAGGCUUACAUUAUGACAUCUAGUUGUCGUGAAAGGGGAACAGUUGAAGCUCUUGAGUCCAUGCUUCUUGAGGUUGCUAGGGUACGGCUCCAUGGAUUUUCUGACCGUGAGAUAUCCAUUGUACGCGCCCUAAUGAUGUCAGAGAUGGAGUCUGCAUAUUUGGAGCGUGAUCAAAUGCAAUCAACCAGCUUACAGGAUGAGUUUUUGCAGCAUUUUCUUCGUGAAGAACCUGUUGUUGGGAUUGAAUAUGAAGCACAGUUACAAAAGACUCUGCUUCCCCAUAUUUCUUCUGCAGAAGUGGCAAAAUUUGCAGAAAACUUUUCAACAGCCAGCAGCUGUGUUAUCAAGAUAGUUGAACCUCGAGCUCAUGCUUCUUUGGAGGAUCUGAAAGCAGUUGUGUUGAAAGUCAACAGUCUGGAAGAAGAAAAAUCUAUUUCUCCAUGGGAUGAAGAACAAAUUCCUGAAGAAAUUGUUGCCCAAGCUCCAGAGCCAGGGACUAUAAUUGAUAAAGUGGAGCACCCAGGCAUAGGUGCCACUGAGAUGAUACUUUCAAAUGGCAUGCGGAUUUGUUACAAGUAUACUGAUUUUCUUGAUGACCAGGUUGUUUUUACUGGCUUUGCCUAUGGUGGUCUGUCAGAAUUAUCUGAAGCUGAGUAUACUUCAUGCUCAAUGGGUUCGACCAUAGCAGGAGAAAUUGGCACUUUUGGCUACAGACCUUCUGUCUUGAUGGACAUGCUUGCUGGCAAGAGAGCCGAAGUUGGUACAAAAGUGGGGGCCUACAUGAGAACAUUUUCUGGCGAUUGCUCACCUUCAGAUCUUGAGACAGCUUUGCAGCUUGUUUAUCAACUAUUUACAACAAACGUGGAGCCAAGGGAGGAAGAAGUAAAAAUAGUGAUGCAAAUGGCAGAGGAAGCAAUCUAUGCUCAAGAGCGUGAUCCAUACACUGCAUUUGCGAAUCGUGUUCGUGAAAUAAAUUAUGGGAACUCAUACUUUUUUAAGCCAAUUAGAAUAAGUGACUUGAAGAAGGUGGAUCCAAUCAGAGCAUGUGAAUAUUUCAACAAUUGUUUCAAGGAUCCAUCAGCUUUUACGGUGGUAAUAGUUGGAAAAAUAGACCCAGCUAUCUCACUUCCACUGGUUCUGCAGUACUUGGGUGGAAUACCUAGGGUACAGGAUGCUACUCAACCACUUAGUCGUGAUGAUCUAAGAGGAUUGCCAUUCAAGUUUCCUGCAACCAUCAUUAGAGAAGUUGUCCGCAGCCCUAUGGUUGAAGCACAGUGCUUUGUACAACUGGCAUUUCCUGUUGUUCUUAAGAACACAAUGAUGACAGAAGAUAUUCACUAUGUUGGGUUUCUUAGUAAACUUCUGGAAACGAAAAUCAUGCAAGUACUUCGCUUCAAAUAUGGGCAGAUCUAUUCAGUUAACGUAGCUGUCUUCUUGGGUGGCAACAAACCCUCAAGAACUGGAGAUGUUCGUGGAGACAUAAGUGUGAAUUUCUCAUGUGAUCCAGACAUAUCAUCUAAACUGGUUGAUUUUGUUUUGGAGGAGAUAUCAUACCUACAGGUGGAAGGUCCUUCUGAAGAAGAUGUAUUGACCAUCCUCGAAAUUGAACAAAGAGCUCAUGAAAAUGGAUUACAGGAGAAUUACUUCUGGUUGGAUCGUAUUCUGCGGAGCUAUCAAUUAAGGCUUUUUUCUGGAGAUAUUGGAUCCACCGUUGCGUUCCAAGAGGAGGGGCGCAUAAAGGUUAGGGAUGCUUUGACGCCACAGACUAUGCAAUCGGCCUUGCAAAGAGUUAUACCUUUCCCUUGCAGAAAUCAGUACACUGUGGUUAUUCUUAUGCCAAAGUCAUCCUGUUGGGCGUCAUUGAAGUCAAUGCUUAGCUGGAGCUCUAAUGGGGUUAGCAGAGAUGCUAAGCAUGCUGAGCCUGAGAACCACUUCCUUGCAGAUUCUUGCUGGCAUGGCUGGUGCACUGGUGUUGGCAUAUACAGUUCAAUAGGCGGUGAACAAGGAUUUAGGGCGGCGGCUGACCCCUUCUCGUGCGCGCAGGUGGUGGCUCUGAACGAAUCUGUGCCCGGGAGCGUCAAGUCUGUCUUCAAGCCCUGGGAGCAGCGCCUUGACACCUCGGGGGGUUUUCUGGAGAGUAAUGAGGGUGACCCUGAGCUACUUAUUUUCAUCCCGUUCACAUCCGAUGUUAAGAUCAAGAGCAUUUCUGUUGUUGGUGGUGCUGAUGGAACAAGCCCGUCAAGAAUGAGAGCGUUUAUCAAUAGAGAAGGCAUUGACUUUUCUGAUGCUCAAAACAUGCAGCCUGUGCAGGAAUGGGAAUUAGCGGAGAACCUGCAAGGAGCUCUUGAGUACCAAACAAGAUAUUCAAGGUUCCAAGGUGUGGCUAACCUGACUCUGCAUUUCUCUGACAACUUUGGUGGUGAUACAACUAAGAUUUAUUACAUUGGACUACGUGGUGAAGCCACUCAGAACAAAAGGGAUGUAGUUGCGACAAUUGUAUAUGAAGUCAUGCCCAAUCCUUCCGAUCACAACGGUUAUCGUAGAUAUUUCUCCAGUGUGAUCACGCAAACCCUUGCUGGAGCCGGAAGUGUUGAUGAGAAGGUUGCGGGGAACAUUGGUGGAGGCUCGGCUUCUGUGGGUGCUGGGAUGAACGGCGAGCAUUCUGCCACCUCUACCGAUCUUAGCGGUGACACCUUUGUUGAAGCCACGCUCCAAGGAAUGGGUGGUGGUGCUACUGCUGAAGCUUCCACCAUGGCGCCUAUGCCCGGUGUCUUAGGUUUGUUAGGUGACCUGGCCAAGGCUAUGGCGACUCCCGUGCCUGGGGAGAUGCCUCUGGUAGCUGGGCUGGACCUUGCCCAGGUCGGAUUGGGUGCCGUUUCCAGGGCGCCUUUGUUGGUGGGGGGAGCAGAACCUUCGAACCGUGGCCAAGCCAGCGGCGAAGGAAGCUCUGCUGAUACACUAAGUGGGUGGGCUGAGUACCUCCAUGCUCUCUGCACGGAGAUAGGAGGCCGGGCUCGUCACCAUUUUAGGAAUGGCCAUCAUAUGGCGGAGGCUCUGGAAGAGCGGGCAUCAAAGGAAGUUAUCGACCGUGAUGGCGCCAUUGAGGCUUUGAAGAAGGAGGUGGAGUUGCUUGAGGUUGAGAGAGUGCGGCUUGUAGGAGAAGUUGAAAACCUCCACGUGGCUCAGAGCGAUUUUGAGAACUUGAGGGUCGAAAUGUCCUCUUUGAGCAAGGCGCUAGAGGGCUCGAAGGCCACGGAGCAAUUAGCUCUUGAUCAGGCCGAGAAGGCCAAUGAGACUGCUGACCUCCUUUGCAAGGAGGCAGAGGCUGAGAGGCAGUCUAGUGUUGCUCUUGGGGCUCAAGUUACCCUCCUAACCAAGCGUCUAGAGGAUGCAAGUGCAGUUGGCCUGGCCGUGGCCCCGUUAUACACAGAUGCGCUUGGUCAGUUUGGGGGCACCACUUCUUUGCCCAAGGAGCCUUCGGUGCUUAGCCUUUUUACUUGGCUAAAAUCCAAUUUGGCCAAGCUCCCUGAUUUUGUUGGUGGGGCAGUCGACUUUGGAGCGUUGGCCUCCGCUACCAAUUUCUCUAAUAUGCUGAUGCAAGACGGCUGCUUGCACGUCGAAGGCUUGAAAGAGAAGGAUGAUGUUGAGAGCCUGGCCAAGCUUGGAGUGACUUCCUGA